CUUUAGCCAUUGCGCUGCCUCGCACCCCGGCUGAAGCCAGAGGCGAGAAAAAGCUCCCUUGCCCACGGGAAAUUCCAUCUCGUGCAUCUCUCCCGAAGAGACCACAUAUCCCAAUCGCAAUUUUGUGGGAGAAAUUUUUCGAUUCUUGUCCGUCACAGACAAGGUGGAACUUAGUGGGCGGGACGUUGUCAAUUCGAUUAAGCACAUUGCCUCGAAUUCCUUGGGCAUAGAAGAGCGAAAAGACUCACGGUUUGACUUCGACACUCCCUCAUCCUUUGGCCAUCUCGCGCCGCCCUCCCUCCGUCCACAUCAGGCAUCAACUGGACUCACCGCCGCCGCCAUGAAGUUCAGCAACAUUCUGUCCCUCGGCCUGUUGGUCAUGUCGCCCCUGGCCGCGGCUUGGAGCAAGGAAGAUCGCGAGAUUUUCCGCAUCCGCGAUGAGAUCAGGGCCCACGAGGCAAACCCCGACCAGACAUUCUACGACCUUUUGGGCGUGAAGAACAGCGCCAGCAUCGACGAGAUCACCAAGGCCUACCGCAAGAUCUCUCGCACCCUCCAUCCUGACAAGGUCCGCCAGCAGAUCAUCGCCGAGCGCACCAAGGCCAAAAAGAAGGGGAACAAGGAGCCCGGUGUCAACGUGCAGAAACCCCCCACUCAGAAAGAGAUCAAGGCUGCCGUCAAGAUCGCCUCGGAACGCCAGGCUCGUCUGGGUCUUGUGCGCAAACUCCUUAGCGGCCCUGAACGCGACCGCUACGACCACUUCUUGAAAAAUGGCUUCCCGGCUUGGAAGGGCACCAACUACUAUUACAACCGCUACCGUCCCGGCCUGGGUACCGUGCUCUUCGGCGUCUUCCUCAUGGGUGCCGGCGCGUUCCACUACAUCGCUCUGUACAUGUCUUGGAAGCGCCAGAAGGACUUUGUCGAGCGUUACAUCAAGUUUGCGCGCAACGCUGCGUGGGGCGACAACCUCAGCAUCCCCGGCAUCGAUUCGACACCGGCGCCUGCCCCUGCCCCGGCGGCCGACGACGAGGAGGGUCCCCAGCAGCCGAUGAACCGCAAGCAGCGCCGUAUGCAGGAGCAGGUCGCCCGGAGAGAGGCCGCCAAAGAGCGCGGAGGCCGGUCCCGCAAGCCUGCCGCCGCCGGCAGCGGCACCGCCACUCCCCGUGAGGCACCCACCGCCCAGAGUGGCCCUACCGGCUCCAAGAAGCGCGUUGUGGCCGAGAACGGCAAGAUUCUGGUGGUCGAUUCGCUCGGCGAUGUCUACCUCGAGGAGCAGGACGAGGAUGGCAACACGGAGCAGUACCUUCUUGAUCCCAAUGAACUGCCUCAACCCACCAUCCGCGACACCGCGCUCGUCCGUCUCCCCAUCUGGGCCUACAACCGCACCGUCGGCCGCGCUCUCGGCCAGAACAACGUUGACUUGAAGAUCGACGCUGAGGACCUGGACUCUGACGAUGGCGAGGCCCAACACACCCCCAGCUCCGACUCGGCCGCCGACGACUUUGAGCUCCUCGAGAAGUCGACUGAUUCCUUGGGCAAGGCCAAGGCUUCUGGCGCACACACUGGCGGCAGGUCCAACAAGCGCAAGAACAAGAAGCGUUGAGAGGAGAACGGGCUGAGGGAUGCCAAAUAGCUGCCCGUCCACACCCUUUUCUAAUUUGUUUUCGUUGCUGUGACGUGACGGGUUGUGUGGCGUUGAUAGCCUGAGCUGCUUGUCUCAGCCUCGAGAUCAGAGGGCUGCGUGCUGCACCAUGAGGCUGCGGUCGCUCUCGCAAUGCAUGUAGCUUAAGCACGAAUGCAGAACAAAAAAAUCGAGUACAGAAGAAGGCCCGACUUAAUUCCCGAAAUAGUGGUGAUGGCAUCAGUGCGCUGCAUGUGCAUUAAUUAAGGUUUGUCCAAAGGGAACGUGGAAGAAGGGUUUAAUCAUCCGAGAUGCUUCUCUGUCGCGUCUGACAUCUGCGAGACAAAGGCAGGCAGGCAGGUAGGUAGGUCUCUGCGAGAAGGAAUGGGUAAUGAAUGAGAGCCUAUAAAUAGGCAUUUUCUGGCACUGUGCCAGAGGAUGGGACUUUCCCUUCUGCA